AUGGAACGCAACGGCAUCUCCCAAGUACAUUGGAAAAGAGCUGUCUUACUCUUCUCCGUUCUUUCUUAUUCUCCAGCUUGUCUUACCGAGAAUACGAGUCGAUCCAUUUCUACAAUUGGCUUAAAUUCGGAUAGGAUAUAUCUCACAGGAAACCGGAAACCAUCCCUGUAUACUAAGGGCUUUACCAGCUGCAUGGGCAAUCCGCUAAUCAGUAUCACUCGUUUAGAUGCCGCAAUUUACAACAGCAAUGAAACCUUUGUUUUUCAUCUAGAAGGAUCGACGUCCGUCCCUAACUCUGGAGUUAUCAUUGAUAUCAGCAUAUUUGCCUAUGGGAUGGAGAGAUUCCGUCUGGCUUUUGAUCCUUGCUCCGCAAAUAUGUCUAGCUUAUGUCCUCUUGACGUGAAUAUUCGCAUCAAAGAACAAGCUCGAUUCUCGAUUGCUCAACUCGGCGUUAUGGAGCUUCGGCCAACAGUCUAUAAACUUCCUGACUUUGAGGGACAAGUUAUACUUCGGACAUCCUCGAAAAGUUCUGCAUCACAUUUAUCGUACUAUGUGUCUGAAUUAACAAAUGGUGCCAGCUUUUCCCAUCCCUAUGUGAUAGGACCCAUGCUUGCCGCAUUCACGGUUCUUUCUAUGCUCUCCUCUUUUGCUUUGGCAAUAUAUGCUGGAGAUAUCGAGUCUACACGGACCCAUUACGCCCAUGGCCCGUCCACCUUAGCGAUAUUCGCCAUCUUUCAUCACAUCUACUCUUCGGGGGCAUUGGCGGUAAACUGGCCCAGCGCCUUGGUUGCGUUUUGGUCAAAUUAUUCAUGGUUCGCCGGUAUGAUUUACUCACAAAAAAUGCAGAGUGCUAUUGAUUGGGUUACUGGUAACGACCUGGAAAGCGUUCACCGUUUCAAUUCAUGCACUCUUGUUACUAUCGCACCCCCUGGACAAAUGUAUAACCUUACCCAAAGAUAUACAAAACUGUCUUUACCCAUUGGCGAAGGCCCUUCAAUCCGUCCAGGAGAUCUUCUCGCGAGAGCUCCUAACAUGCCAGUAUCAGACUCUUCAGGAUACCCGUCCGGAUCCCAUUCAUUUCAGAGCCACACGGGGUUCCCUAUGGUUUUAAGUGCUGCUAAAAUAUCGGCAUCCAACGCAUUUUUAACUAGUUUGCUUUGGCUACUUGCCUUUAUCGGAGCCGCAAUAGCUGCCAUAAUUUCGCUCAAAGCUAUGCUCGACUUCUUUAUUCGGUUUAGACUAGUGAGGACGGGUCGUCUUGAAUAUUUCCGCGCUCACUGGCUUGCCUAUGCCUUGGCUACCGUCUUCCGUCUCGUUUUUAUCAACUUCUUCUUUCUCAGCUUCCUAGCUUUGUUCCAACUCAAGUUAGGCGGCUCUAAGGCAGUAGUUGCGAUUGCUGCUACUACCCUCGCGAUUGUCUCUAUUGGGUUGCUCGGAGUCUCUGGCUAUGCGCUGCAUUUUCGGCUCAGAGGUGGGAAGUUGACCUAUGACAAGAAAACAUGCUAUUUGCAGAAGACAUAUAUUCACAAAGUUGUUCCGUGGUAUCGAUUGGUUAGGGACGAUGUCUCUCCGGAGGACGACCCUGAUAUCAAGGCUAUUCGUCUUCCCUGUUACACACUUCGCUACAGACCUUCAGCCUCCGAGCGAGACCACAUUCAUACCGACUGCAAUUUCCUUUUGCGCUUCUCGUGGCUUUCAGCACGCUACCGAUCAAACAGGUGGUGGUUUUUUUCCUUAUGGGUGCUCUACGACCUGGCUCGGGCGGGAUUCUUAGGGGCGGCAGCGCCGUCCGGCAUGAUCCAGGUUUUCGGUCUUCUUUGCUUGGAGCUCAUCUCCGUGAUACUUAUAGCAUGGGCCAAACCUUUUGAAGCAACACGCUUAAACGUUCUUAUGUUGUAUCUCCUAGGCUUCAGCAAAAUAGCCACACUAGCAAUCUCAUCGACCUUCCACCCAGCAUUCAACCUUGGGAGGAUCACUACGGCAUUCUUAGGCUUGGGCAUAAUAGCCCUUCACACCACCCUUUCGCUUGCCUUGCUGGUUUCCAUUGCUACGGGCCUCGUUUCAACAUACCUUUCCUUCACCAGAUACCGGGAGAUAGCACCGCGGGACCGGCCUGCGAAGGGGCUUCGCCAAAGGUAUCUUAACCACGUUACCAAAGCUUCAAGCAGGAAACGCAGGCAGGAAAGCGUUUCUCGUUCGCCAGUAGCGUUUGGGUCCCUUAGGGGUCCUUCGCUCUCGGCGUCUUCAACCCAAGGAUACCCAAGGGUAGGGGAUGGAUACACAACAGAAACGCCUACGGGCAGAUUCUUGUCCCCUACAACUUCUCAAGUUUCGUUUGGGCAUCACUUUGGGUCGAGCUUCCCGCAAAUCGACAGCACUAGGUGUAGCCAUCGAACAGCUGAGCGUACGCCAGCACGGGAGAGUAGCGAAUCUGACCGGGGCGUCUUUGAAGUCUUUUAA